AUGGGCAGGAAAAACCAGACAUGGGUAAGUGAAUUCAUUCUGCUGGGCCUGUCCAAUGUCUGGGAGACUCAGGUCUCUCUCUUUGUCUUGUUCCUGGCCAUGUAUUUGGUGGCCGUGCUGGGGAACCUGCUCAUCAUCCUCCUUAUCAAGCUGGACAGCAGGCUCAGUACACCCAUGUACUUUUUCCUUAACGUGCUGUCAUUCGUGGACAUCUGUUAUACCACCAGCACCGUCCCACAGAUGCUUGCUCACUUCCUGUCAGCCUGCAAGUCCAUCCCAUUUCACAGCUGUGUGCUCCAGCUGCACAUCUCCCUAGCAAUGGGCGGUGCAGAGUUCUUCUUGCUGGGAGCCAUGGCCUAUGACCGCUACGUGGCUGUGUGCCACCCUCUGCACUACACAGUCAUUAUGCAUGGAGGGUUGUGCUUUGGACUGGCUGCCACCUGCUUGGUGGCAGGUUUCAUGAAUUCACUGAUGCAGUCAGUCAUCAUAUUCCAGUUACCCUUGUGUCACAAUGUCAUCAAUCACUUCGCCUGUGAAAUGCUGGCUGUGCUGAGGCUGGCCUGUGUGGACAUCUCCUUCAACAAGGUCAUGGUGACCAUCUCAGGAUUUCUGGUGGUCAUACUUCCCUGCUUUCUGGUCCUAUUCUCCUAUGGUCGUAUAGUUACUGCCAUUCUGCACAUUCGCUCUGCCCAGGGGCGACGCAAAGCCUUUGGAACCUGCGCUUCCCACCUCACUGUUGUUUCCAUGUGUUUUGGAACAGCCAUCUUCACAUACAUAAGACCCACGGGUGGCUCAUCAGCAGAGCAAGAGAAGAUGGUUGCCCUCUUCUAUGCUGUUGUGACCCCGAUGCUUAAUCCCUUAGUCUAUAGCUUGAGGAACAAGGAUGUGAUGAGUGCCUUCCAAAAAAUGUUAGUGAAACUUACUGAAAUAAGAUAA